AUGACGCGCAACGAAAGCCGCCAGCGCGCGGCCAAUCGCUGGGUCCUGCGAAUCAUUCCCGCCUUUAUCACAGCCAUCUUUAUCUUUGCGACAUAUAUCGUCCUCUACCAAAUAUGCAUUCUAUAUAUUCUCAAUCACCAACACAAUACAGGCAUGGUCGCCGGCUUCCUUAUCCUCUACUUUGUCUUCUUCUUCCUCAUGGUUGCCGCCUACCUGCGCCUCUUUAUUUCCAUACAGCGCGACCCCGGCCUUGUACCGUUUAUGAAUCCUGCAGCGCAUGCGGCCGACAGAUCCAACGUCCCGGAGAAGCUACCUACCCCCGACUACAGUGUUCCGACUACCGGCCAUUCCGAAUCCGAUCCCGACACGCCUCUUAACCGCAAGUCCCACGGCGUGUCUUGGGCACCUCCCGAUACAAAUCCCGACAGCCCUGGCCUCGAGCUUUUCUAUUCGAAAGACGUCUUUGUGUGCGAGGUCGACGGCCGCCCCAAGUGGUGCUCCAGCUGUAAGCAGUGGAAGCCGGAUCGCUCGCAUCACUCGAGCGAGCUCGGACGCUGCGUGCGUAAGAUGGACCAUCUUUGCCCUUGGGUGGGUGGCAUGGUAGCCGAAAGAUCGUUCAACUUUUUUGCACAGUUCACCUUUUACUGCGCGCUCUACUGCGCCUCAUGUCUAGGAAUUGGCCUAUAUACACUUCUCCAGCAGCAGCAAGAAGAAGCCAUCAAUGGCUUUGUCAUUGCCAUUGUGGUCAUUUCGGCGCUGUUUCUGUUGUUUUCUGGUGGCAUGGCGCUGACAUCGAUACGCUAUUGUCUAAUCAACAUUACCAACAUUGACAUGUUUCAGCGGUCCCGUACGUUUUACCUGGCGGUUAGAAUACCGCUCGACACGCCGCCAUCGCCAGCUUACAGGACCAUUACUUACCCGCUGUCGCAUGGGCACCAGCAACAGCCAAUGGCGGUGCCAACCGCUGAGCAGCAGCAGCAGCAUCAUCACCAAGCUGACGCAGACGUGGAACGGGACGUGCCGCUGCAUGUUGCAGAGCGGGAUAGGCUAGCGCGGAGGAAAUUUGCCGUGGUGCAGACACAGAGCAGGGAGAAUCCAUGGGACCUGGGCUUCCGAGGCAACUGGCGGAGCGUCAUGGGCAACAACGUCCUGGAAUGGCUGCUGCCCAUUCGCCACUCGCCCUGCUGCGAUCACGAGCGCAGCGAUAGCGACUAUCAGAUCGGCCCGUUGGUCGACACCCUAAGGCAGCGUUAUGGCGUGCCUCCUCUGGCUAGAGAGCACGGUCGCGGCACAGCGGGUGGUGGUGGUGGUGCCCUAGGCCAGCAUGGUGGCGGCAUCGAGCUGCAGGGCGGCCCGGCACUUGAUGAGUUCUGA